AUGAGCGGGGAUUAUCUCUAUUUGACAUACCUGACCCUUUAUCUUGUUACUGCUUGCCUAUGGAAGUCAGACACCUUGGGAGCGACGCAUUGGAUUUUAAACGAAAGAGAAGGAGUCGUGCGGGUUAGCAGUAACUCCGAUAUACUGAAGUCUGAUCCAGUUCUAUCCAUUCUGACGAAGACGUACCCUCCUAAGACGGGAAACAGUAGAAAAACAAACUGUGACCAGUGUAGCAAGGGCAGAUCCCAUGGACUGAGGUAAGAAUGUUAUUGAAACCUUCGAAGAUAGCAGGCUUUUAAUUAAGGAUUGUCAAUUUCGUUUGUUUUGACUUGCGGUAAGUCUGUGUAGUAGUUGUGUUGUAGCGUGCGUUGGAAAACAACUCGUGCCUGUUUGUCGUGCUGAGUCUUCCUUUCCAAACAACGUUUAGAGAAACAAUUUAGGGUGCAUGUGAAAAGGGUUUUUUUUAUACAGUCUUACAACAGUAACUCACGGCGAGCACAUGACAUUUGCAUCUAAAGUACUGUGAAAAGUACCAAUAAGAAAACAAAGUUGAUAGUUGCUCAAGUUCCAAGGGAAGGAUUAACUUUUUCGUUAACUUAACGUUCAGGAACGGCGUUUAAUUUUAUAUUUAUGUGUUCAUUUGUUUUUCGAUGACACGGAGGUGUUUGAGAGGAUUCGAUCCUACCCGAAAAUCAGUCGAUUUAAGAACUUGUAUUCGUACAUGCACCGAUGAAAAUGCAAUGUUCACGUGUUAACUUGAACAUGGCGUUCUUUUUCGAAGUUUUGUUUUCAAAGUAGCAUAAGAUGAAUGUUUUAAACUGAUCAAGUUUUGUUCUGUGCUUAAGUGUUUAUCUAAUACCAAAUUCCAAAUUCUGCUAUCUGAUCGACAAUAAUACAGGUGUACAAGCGUGGCUGUGGUCUGUUAGUAAUUUGGAGUUGUGAUCAGAGGUUUAUUGCUUCAUAACACUUCUGCUUUGGGAAAUAAAAUCUCAUAGCUGAGGUCACCAGAGCCUUUACGUCUUCGGCGAGAGUUGGAGUUUAUGCACCUGUAAACUGCCAAUUUUGUGCAAGUUCCUGCUGCACUUCUUUUCUAACCGUUAACAAUCCCAACAAAACCGCUACGGAUGAUAAUGAUUUUUCAACAAGAACGGUUGACAAAAGAAGCCAAUAUAAGUUAUUUUUUUAAACUACACGCUUACUUAUAACAAGUAAGCAUGUAGUAUAUUUUUACCUCUUUUUAAAAAAUUGUUAUGUGGAGUUUACUUUUUGAAUCGUCAUUUCUUUAGUCAAACCAAUUUGUCCUGAAUCAAUCUGAAAGGUACCAAAAUAUACAUUGCAGUGGUAACCAACAAAUGGUUAACCUAGUUUGUUUUCUUUUGUUUUAAAGGGAAGGUAUUGUUAUUUAUUUGGGUAGUGGGAAGUUUUAUCUUCUUGCCAAAAGAACAAUCCUAAUGGCUCAGUCAAUUCCAGGCAUGCCCAUAUCUCCGCCGCUAACUUCUGUCAAGUGCUGUGUGUUCCCGCGGUGGGGCAUUUAGCAUCCAAUACUGCAAUAAUAAUGUGUGCAGGUGGUUCAGGACGAGGACAGGAAGGUUCCCAAUUAAAGUUGACGCCCAACCAAAAAAGAAAUAAAUUGGUACAAAUCACAUACAACAAUAUAAAAUUGUAUGAAAAUAAAGCUUUUUGGAGCAUAGUAAAAGUAUAAGACCAGAUAGGUCUAGGAGAACUAUAUGGAUAAAAGAGGGUGUUUCUUGGUGUUGCGGAAACCAUUGUUGGUUUACUUCUGUGUUUUGCUGUGGCUAUUGUUCAGUGACUUUUCAAUCUUUUGUAUGACAUCAUUUUGGGGAUUGCAUUUGUCCACAACACCAACAAACUACGAUAAAGGCACAUUAUGUGGAUUUUUAUAAAGUAACUAAGAUAUUACGUGUGCUUUGAUUGGCCGAGAGGCAUGUUUGCAUGAGAGUACAGUGGAACCUGGAUUUAAUGAACCUGUAUAUAACAAAGUCCUUGGUAUAACGAAGGAUUUUCUUCAGCCUGGCCAAAAUUACAGUAAAGUGUAUGGAGCAGAACCUCUAUUUAACAAACUUCGAUUUAACGAAAUCCUUGUUAUAACGAACACAGUGCACAAGCCCAAGUGUAAAAUAUACCUUGAUAUAACGAGUAAAUGUCAGCAUGUGACAAAAGAUGGAAGCCAAACAGACCAGCAAGGAUAAAAUUUAUGUGUACAGUAGUUUUAAGCAGUUCUGUUUGCCUGUUCUUGAGCUUCCGGUGCUGCAGCUAUGUAUAGCUUGGUACUGAAAUGUUAUUACGGUAAUAUUUCAGAUCCAGAAAUGCUGGGUUUUGUAAAUUAAUUACUAACUAUACCUUGAUAUAAGGAACACUUGGUAGUUUUCUGGAAAUUUGUAAAAUGGAGGUGUGCAAUAUAACAAACCCUCGAUAUAACAAACCAAUUUCCCCAGUCCCUUGGCACUUCGUUAAAUCAAGAUUCCACUGUAUGUAAACCAACAUUUCCAAAUUCCAAUUUGACCAGGAAUCAGGUAGACAAAGAACCACUUGUGGAUGUGCUACCUCCAAAUCAUUAUUUAUUUAUUUAUUUACAUGGUUGUGACGUCAAGAUGUUGUGCUUUUCGCAUGCUAAUCAUGCAAGCACGAAUUUGAAAAAGGUUUUGAGGUGAAAACUCGACAAGAUCUUUAAGAUUCUGCAUAAGUUUUUACUCAUGAAUUCACCCAUCAAAACCUUGACCAAUCUGAGACUAGAUUGGUCCUGGAGCAUAACCAAAAACGUGACCAAAAACUUGACCAAGCUAAAAGCACAUCCUUAAAACUUUAUAAGGUUUUUGUCAUAAGUCAAACAAACAAAUGAGAUUCAAGAUCUUUACAUUGCCUCCAUUGGUCGCCUGCAGGUGAACUGGUUAAUGUUUAGCCAAGAAAAACAGCUUGGUCAACUUAGUACCUCCCUGCCAGUCCAUACGGACAUACGGGUGUACGCUGAUGUCAUAACCAAAUUUUCUUGCAUCAAUAGGUUUCCGUUUUCUAUAGCAAUGGAGGCUCCACCGCACACGCAAAGCAUGCGGGAAGGCUCCGCUACAAAAUGUGUAGUCAGAUCAUUUUAUAACCUGAAAUACAUGUAUAACCAUCGUUGACCAAGUGUUUGGUCAAGAUGGCUGUGUACUGGCCAAGUUGUUUGUUGCAUUUUUGAAAAAGAAUAUGUAUGGACUGAGACAAAGUGGAGGGCAAUAAAAAUGCAAAAAAGGAGGAGGUCAAUAUUUAGCCAUCUUGACUGAAUAAGGUUUGUGAAAGUUUAACCAAGGGGCAAAACAAUGCUUCAGUCAAAUCGCAAAUGUAGUGUUUCAGUAAUUGCUGGAAAACUGAUUGAUAUUCAUUAAUGAUUAGACUGAGAAAACGGCCAGCAUUCUGUGACACCAUUACUGGUUUGCUUGCAAAAUGAUGUCUAAGAAACAAGAGCAGAAAUUCCUUACCAAUGAUGCAUCAGAUCUGGGUAGUGUUUCUGAUUGGUUGAAUCAAAUUUCACACAUGGCACAACCAAUCAGAAGCACUACUCAGAUCUUGGUAGUGAGGGGUUGUCAGUAUGGAAUUUCUGCACUCAUUUCUCAGACAUCAUUUCUCAGGGAAACCAGUGGUGGUGUUGGAGAAUUUCAGCUGUUUUCUCAGGCUAGUUAAUGAUGUGAGUUUUUUAAGAGAUAUUAUGCACAGUUCUAUUUUUGCAUUUCAUUGCUUUUCCUCAAACAGCCCUGUAGUUGGUGCAGUUGGUCCAACAUCAUUAGAACUAUUUCCAGCACCACAGUUAACUUGUGGUACCCCAGUGAAUGAGACAUUCUAUGAUCACUUGGAAGGUAUAGCAAACCGUGAGUACCAUCCAACUUUUGUGGAGCCAGAUGUAGCUUUGAUUUUUAAGAAGAAUGAUGUUGAAGAUAUUGAUCUGGGACUUAUUGAGUCGAACUUAAAAAGAGCUAUUGAAGAGGUAGGUUGAGUAAAUUCUACAGCGUGAAGAAAGUAAAAGUAUAGGCUAAUGACCAACUUGUUUGCAGCUGUGUUUUAAUUGUUUUUUCUCCAGGAUUAAGAACCCAUUUUAAGAACCUAAAUAGCCUAAAAUUCUGUUAACUACCAUUUAUAUAAGAACCUGUUUAGGCUAACUCCUAAAAAUGUAGGUUCUUAGUUGGGGGUUUUUACUGUGCAACAAUCAAAGAUUUUCUGACCAUUUUGGUCUUAAUAAAAGAAUAAAGAUGUUCGUAAAACUCUUCAUGCAUGUACGUCUUAGAUGCCUUGAUUUGUGCUCGUUUUCAUUUCUCAUGUAUCACCUUUGAUUUGUACAAUUAAAAUUCAUCACCCAUUUUACACACAACAGAUCAGCCUUUCACUGUACUGAAUUGAGUAAGCUGGUCUUUGUUGCGUGUGUGCUGCACAUUGUUAGGGUACAGUUUAGAACCCAGGCCUAAUAGCCAUGUGCUUGGUAUGGUGGGUUUAUGAACUUUUUUGAAGGAAACUUAAGGUGGAUGUUAGCAAUGUGUACAACAGAACAUAAAUGUUGAAAACUACCUGUAUGCCUGAAAGAAGCCUCUGCCAGCAGGGUACAUAAAGAAAAGAGAUGGAAAUUUAAAUUAGAAACAUCCACUUGUAAAUUUAGGUUUUGCAGAGAAAAGUCCCACAGUGUUUUGCCUUAUCAUUAUGGUGACUACAGUGUAGAUGUCAGGUUGAUACAUCUGUUUUUUGUAUGUUAUUAUAAAAUGAUGAUACUGUCUUCGGUGUAAUGAUAAAACCAAACUACCUAGCUAUUAUGCUUGGACUUUUCAUAUAACCACCCAUUAAUCCAUCAACAUCACUUGUUUUAACCCAAAUGAAAGGCAAACCAUUUUGUUAUUUUCACAAACUAACCUCUGUCCAGGACAUUUUAGCUUAAACUGUGUGUUUUGAUUUCAUUUAUAGAGUCCAAACUCAGUGGUGGUAUGUAAUCACAUUGGAAAUUUCUGGAGAAUAAGAGGAAGUACUUAUCACUCCAUAGAGUGUUUCAGAAGAGCUUUGUACUUCUCACCAAAUGAUGCAGAUGCCCUUCUCAAUCUUGCAAAGGUUUUAUUUAAUUUAAACUUUGUACAGGAUGCUGCCUACUUAGCUCGAAGAUCUUUAGAAAUGCAGCCAUCUGAACACAACUGUUGGUUGCAGCAUUUCACUCUUGGUGAAAUAUUGAGAGCUGCUGGAGAUCUAGAAGAAGCUGGCAUCCAUUUUAGACAUGCUCUUGACCUGAAUCCAGCAUUUGAACUGGCAGAGGUGCAUCUCCGUGAGAUUGGAUCACCAUCAACUUCACCCACAAAUACAUAUACUUUCUUAAUCAUUGGUUUACUGGUUGUCGUUGUCUUGGCCACUGUCUACUUUAUGACAUUGACAAGCGAAAGUCGUGGAAUGAAAAGUAGUCGAAUGUCACUUUGGGUUGAAGGAAAAAGGCCAAAAAAGAGACCAGUUUCAUGAAGUGUGUUGUAUUUAAUGUUAAAUUAAGAAAGCUAGAUACUUGAUGGGAAUCGCCAUUAAUGUGCAGCAAUUUUCAACUGAAGUCUUUUUUAAGAGAAACAUAUGCUGGUCAAUGCAUGUCAUGAAAAUGUUUUACAUUUUUUGUUGGUCAGAGGCUGCACUCUUUUAUAGAAAUUUGAUAUUCAGAUAUUUGCUUGCAAAUUAGCUGUUUUUAAUUAAACAAUUUCCUCAACAGACUUUGUUGUUAAAUAUUUAUUGUCUUGUUGUCGAUUCUGAUCACCAUGACUGACCCAGCACUGGCCUUUGACCAUUUUCAUCACCAAGGGAAAGAAGAAAAAAUUGGUGACUACAGUGGAAAUUAUCAAUUUGGCGACUUGUGUUUCAUGGUAAUGCAGCAGAGAUGUGGUGACUUCAAUAGUUUAAGUGUUUAUGGUCUUUCCUAAGGUGGCUGAAUUGGAUUUUUCAGGGCCAAUAUCUCCUAAGUUUGAGC